AUGAAGUUCGCCACCGCUGUACUCUCACUCGCCAUGGCUGAGACCGAUGUGCGCGUCAUCGGCGGCUACACUCCCCCCGCUCAUCGUGAAAAUUACAUUCUCUCCCUCCAGCGAUCUCGACUGAGAAGCCACUUCUGCGGCGCUUCCCUUGUUUCAGCCAACAAGGCAAUUUGCGCUGCCCAUUCAAAGUUCAUAAACGUUAAGAUCCUCCGUUGUAACUCAUAUAAGUCUGAAAGCUCCCAGCAAGUGCAGACUGUCUCUGACCAGAAGUCACACCCGCAAUACAACUCCAGCACUUUUGCAAACGAUAUUUCCGUCUUGACAAUGCUGAACAGCUUCACUUUGAACGAUUACGUUCGACCAAUCGCCCUUCCAGCAGCGAGGUCUUCCGAGUGGAUGACUUCUGGAACUUCCCUCCGCGUUUGUGGAUGGGGAAAUACUUCUACAACGGAGAAUGUUUACCCAGCAACCCUCAAAUGUGUUGAGGUCCCUUACGUCACUAAUGCCGAUUGCAAUGCUCCCGAGUCUUACGACGGCGGAAUUCUGUCGGGCAUGUUCUGCGCCGGAUUAAGUCAAGGUGGCAAAGAUGCUUGCCAGGGUGAUUCCGGUGGACCAGUCACCAAGGACUUCGGAACCAGCGUCUCAGACUCCAUCCUCGUCGGCGCUACUUCCUGGGGCUAUGGUUGCGCUCAGCCAAACUACCCUGGCGUUUACUCUGAUGUCGCCAUGUUCCGAGAGGAUUUCAUUGACCAAAAUAUGUAA